UGGGCACUGCGAGGAGAGUCCAAACCCGCCCAGGAGGUUUUUCUUCCAAAAAUGUGACCGUGUUAUUGACUGAACCUUUACCAUACGAUUGUCUUUUUGUUUUUAAGCUGAACAUAGGGAGGCAAAUGGAGGCGUGGUCAAGAAAAACAUUACUCAGUCAAAGGACAGAUAGGCUGUGUUAACCCACGCUUGGACUCUCCUUACAGUGCCCAGAGAACGACCGUUCAGGUAAGCCAACGGUCUUUUUACACAAAUUUAUAUUGUGUGUCAGUUGUGCUCAUACCUAGAUCAGGAAGCACUAUUCAUAGUUACUCAUCGCUUGGUUGCUUCUCUAGAUUAGGAAGCACUAUUCAUAGUUAAUAAUCGCUUGGUUGCUUCUCAUCUGGAUUGCUGCAGUGUGCUUUACAUGGGGCUGUUCUUGAAGAUCAGAAGCUAUAACUGAUCCAGUGCACAUUAGUGUGAGUAGUUGCAGGAACAUCCAUAUAACCCUAUUAUGGCACAAGCCAUAAUAGUUACCAGUGAACUUGGGGUGCAUUUUAAAGUGCUGGUGAUCACCCAUAAAACCAUAUAUGGCACAGGGCCAAGAAGAGGCUAUCUCAAGUUAUCUGCCUAUCCAACAAGAUUGGACAUGCUCCAAGACUCAUCUAUCAAACUGCCAUUUUAUGUCACUCAAUUAGCAUGCCUUCUCAAUUAUUUUACUACAGUCUCUGCCCUAUGGAGCAUAAUGGCCCACCCCCAAAUAAGGAUGGCACCAGUAGUGCUAGCCUUCAGAAAGGUUUGGACCUGGUUCUUUUUGGCACUGGAUCAAGAUGUUGCAUCAACUGUUAAUAUGUGGAUGCGUCAGGAUGAAACGCCACAGGCAUCUAAGCAGCAGUGACAGUUCAGACAAUGAAAGUCCUUCUACUUCUUUCUCCUUUUGUUCUAAAUACAGAAGCAAAUCAAAAACACCAACAAAUGAACAAAAGAGGCCUGCUGAGGUGUUUCGAAAAGACCUCAUCAGUGCCAUGAAACUGCCAGACUCUCAUCAUAUUAACACAGAUGAAUAUUACUUGUUUGCAGAUUCAUGGAAACAAGAAUGGGAAAAGGGUGUGCAAGUCCCUGCAAGCCCAGAAAUGAUUCCCCAACCUUCUCUCCGAAUUGUAGCAGAAAAAGUAAAGCAAGUACUUUAUACACGACCCAGAAAGUACAUCCGUUGUUCAAGCCAAGAGUCUGCUGAACCUGGCUACAUCAACAUUUUAGAAUUGGCAGAAUCAAUGUGUCGAUAUGACUUGGAUGACAUGGACAUCAUCUGGCUUCAGGAAGUAAAUGAGGAACUUGCUGAAAUGGGAUAUGGGCAACUUGAUGAAAAUACCAUGGAGAAAAUGGUAGAAGUCCUGGAACGUCACUGUCAUGAGAAUAUGAACCAUGCCAUUGAAACAGAAGAAGGGCUUGGUAUAGAAUAUGAUGAAGAUGUAAUCUGUGAUGUAUGCCGAUCUCCUGAUAGUGAAGAUGGAAAUGAUAUGGUGUUUUGUGAUAAAUGUAACAUCUGUGUGCAUCAGGCUUGCUAUGGCAUCCUAAAGGUUCCUGAGGGGAGUUGGCUUUGCCGUACUUGUGUUUUAGGUAUACAUCCUCAGUGUCUCUUGUGUCCAAAGAGGGGUGGAGCUAUGAAAGCCACAAGAACGGGUACUAAGUGGGCACAUGUGAGUUGUGCUCUCUGGAUUCCAGAGGUAAGCAUUGCUUGUCCAGAAAGGAUGGAACCGAUUACAAAAGUGUCUCACAUCCCCCCAAGUAGAUGGGCUUUAGUUUGCAGUUUAUGCAAAGUGAAAACUGGUGCUUGUAUCCAAUGCUCUGUGAAGAGCUGUAUCACUGCCUUUCAUGUCACAUGUGCCUUUGAGCAUAGCUUAGAAAUGAAAACAAUCCUGGAUGAUGGUGAUGAAGUCAAGUUCAAGUCAUAUUGUCUAAAGCAUAGCAAAACCAAGCAAAAUUUGAUGUCUGAUACAGAGAACCUCAAGAACACAGUAGACCAGAAACAAUCCGAGAGGGAGAAAACCAGUUUGCGUGCCCAAAAACUUCAGGAACUGGAGGAAGAGUUCUACUCACUUGUGAGAAUAGAUGAUGUUGCAGCAGAACUGGGGCUUCCUAAGCUCACUGUGGACUUGACUUUUAAUUACUGGAAAUUAAAAAGGAAGAGUAACUUUAAUAAACCAUUAUUUCCUCCCAAGGAGGAUGAAGAAAAUGGCUUGGUUCAGCCAAAAGAAGAUAGCAUUCAUACUCGAAUGAGAAUGUUUAUGCAUUUAAGACAGGAUUUAGAGAGGGUAAGGAAUCUUUGCUACAUGGUAAGCAGAAGAGAAAAAAUAAAACUUUCUCAUAGCAAAGCACAUGAACAGGUCUUCAAUUUACAAGUCCAACUUAUUAAUCAGGAAAUUGCUGCAGGUCAUUCCUUAACAAGUGCACUAGACAAUACAUUGUUCUACCCUCCUCCUCGAAUCACUUUAAAAUUAAAAAUGCCAAAAUCAUUGGGAGAUUGCAAAAGCAACUUAAAAACUGGUACCAAAACAUUUUCUCCUGAUAACAAUGUCAUGAUUUAUAAUAAAAAAGGUAUUUCACUAUCCAAGGAAACGUUUAUUUCAAAUAUGAAGUCCUACUCAAGAUUUCAGCAUGAAAACAGAAGCAAUGGCUUACUGGAAGGCAUUACAAAAGCUAGAAUUGUAACAAAGGAUUCUGGGUCUGAGAACUUAUCUGAACUUUUCCAUCCUGGGCAAUCAUCUGGCAAACCACUGGCACUUCAAGCUACAUUGCAUGGACAGUCUUCUGUUGGGAAUGGGAGAAUUCAACACAAUUCUAAAUUAGAAAAAUCUAAUGGCUUAAUGAGCAGAGUUAGAGAUAUCACUCAGCGAGACAGCUCCAGCCAAACAACAUACGAACAACAGUCUUUACUCUCAGCCCACCAGGCUAGUCAGAGUACCUUCAGAAAAUCCACCAUGGAACACUUUAGCAGGUCGUUCAAAGAAGCAACCAACAGUUUGGUGAGGACUACCGAAGAUCUCAGGUGUGAAAAACCAUCAAGAAGGUUUUCAGUAAGAGAGCGUCCGUGGGGCAAGCAGACUUUUGAAUAUCAAAUGGGGAGUGCCCCCUAUCAAGAAAAUGAUGGGUAUUGCCCUGAUCUGGAACUCAGUGAUUCUGAAGCAGAGAGUGAAGAGAAUAAAGGGCAGAUCAGACUGAGGAAAAGCAGCUCAGGCCGAGAAAGCCCAAAUAAAGACUUCAGUAGAGAUUGUCAAAAUAGAAAAAAAAGAAACUUAAUUUCUCAUAGUUCAGUGCAAAGGUGAUAGAAAUCCCUGAAAAUGAAAAUAGCUCAACUUUGUGGGUAUCUGAGUAAUGAUUAUAAACCUUGAGAAAUCUCCAGGUUAGAGUGCAGGGUCCACAAGCAAUUGACAAUAUUUCUCCAAACUACAAUGGUUUGCUCUUUUGAGGAGAUUGCUCCCUCCCCUCCCCCAACUAUUUUUUUGGGGGGGACACUCAAAAAGCUCAUCAUCCUGUGACAAUCUACAAAGUGACUAUAUAAUUCUUGUUGCAGCUGCAAUAGAUUCUCAUUUCAUGAAAACACUUCAAGCUCAGCUUUUCCAAGAAUUGUCACAUUUGAAAUAAUGUCUGCUAAAGUGUUUUCCUGAAUUGAGUCAUGUGAC